AUGAAGCCCGUCGUGUCUGCCAUGAACGCCUGGAGUUGCGUUGUCAUCUCCCUAUUCGCCAUCGUCAUACUCUCGGUUCUCGGAUCGCUAUUCAAGAGCAACAACCACGCAUAUACCGGUUCAGAAGAGGCACCCGAGGAUGGGGCCGCGGUUGCCGCCUCGAUCUUUACCGCCGUGAUCGUCUACGCUGGUUUCUUCGUCUUCUGUGGGUUCCAGGCUUAUCUCCAUCUGCGGAGUAAGAGGGGGGGUGCCAUAUCGUUGAACUGA